AUGGAACCUUCCGGAGCCGAUAAGGGCUUUUUCCAGACACCACCGACACUGUCGAACCAGUUCCACGACGACGAGUCUUACAAGCGAUGCUUCAAAUUGUUUCUGUCGGAGAAUGUGGCUUCCCAAGCCCGGGAUGAAGUAGCAGCACUGGGCGAGGACGUGCUGUCCGACCAGGUCUUUGCCUGGGUCUCGGACGCCUACCGCAACCUGCCGUACCUCAAGGGCUCCGGCCGGUCGUCGUUUGGCCACCGCACCAACGAGCUCGUCACCGGUGAAGGAUGGCGCGAGCUGCAAAAGAUGGGCAUCUCCAAAGGAAUCGUCGCGACGGGAUACGACACGCCCCACGGCCGCUUCUCGCGGCCGCUGCAGUUCCUGCGCCUGCACCUGUGGCAGCCGUCCUCGGCCGUCGUCACCUGCCCGUCCGCCAUGCAAGACGGUGCGGCGUGCCUGCUGCGCCGACACCUAACGGAGCCGGCGCUCUCGGCCCGGCUGGCGCCCGACGCCCGUCGCGCGUUCGAGGACGCCUACCGCCGGCUGACCUCGCGCGACCCGCGCGUCGCCUGGACCUCCGGCCAGUGGAUGACCGAGCGCACCGGCGGGAGCGACGUCUCUCUGACAGAGACGGUGGCCACGCCGGCAACCGAGCCCGGCCUCGCCGGGGGCGACGUCCCGCUCGGCCCCUGGAGCGUCAGCGGCUUCAAGUGGUUCUCGUCGGCGACCGACUCCCAGAUGACGGUGCUGCUGGCCCGCACGUCGCCCGGCGGCGGCGGGCUGUCGGCGUUUGUGGCGCCGAUGCGCCGCCACGACCCGCACGCCGUGACCGUCACCGGCCGACCCGCUGAGAAUGGCGGCGAGGCGCUCAACGGCGUGCGCAUAUCGCGCCUCAAGCACAAGUUCGGCACGCAGUCGCUGCCGACGGCGGAGCUCGAACUCGACGGCAUGCGCGCCUGGCUCGUCGGCGAGGAGGGCCAGGGCAUCCGCGAGAUCAGCCAGGUGCUCACCAUCACGCGCGUGUACUCGGCCGUCUCCGCCGUCGCCUACGUCGGGCGCGCGCUGGCCGUGGCCCGCGCGUACGCGCGCGUGCGCGAGGUCGGCGCCGGCCGCCGCGCCCGCAUGCGCCUGACCCGCAGCCCGCUGCACAUGCGCACGCUGGCCGCCAUGACCGGGGAGUACCGCGGGCUCAUGCUUCUCAGCCUCUACGCGGCCUACAUCCUCGGCGUCUCGGAGCACCCGGCCGGUGACGAUGAGUUGCCACCGGCGCUCAGGGCGCUGACGCCGGACCGGAAGCUCGCGCUGCCGCUGAUUCGCGUGCUCGGGCAGGUGACCAAGGCGUACGUGUGCAAGCCGUGCGUGGCGCUGGUGUUCUCGUGCAUGGAGGCGCUGGGGGGCGUCGGGUACAUGGACAACGAGGAGCAGGAGUACCUGAACGUGUCGCGGCUGUUCCGGGACGUCGCGGUGCUGCCGAUCUGGGAGGGCACGACGGACGUGCUCAGCACGGACACGGUCCGCGCGCUGAAGCACCCGCAGGCGGGCCGGCACUGCAUCGCGGCGCUGGACAGCGUGAUCGAGAGGACUGCUGCGUUUGCGGGGAGCGCACCGGAGGGAUGGGAUGCCGUACAGGAGUGGAGGACGCUUCGCGCGAAGAUUGUGAGCACGCCGCAGGAGGAGCUCAUGGGCGAGGCCAGGGAUCUGGUCUCGGCGCUCGGGGAUAUACUGGUCUCGCUUCUCUUGUACGUGGAUGCUGCGAGUGAUGGUGACAGUGCCGCGCAAGAGAUCUUCCUGCGCUUUGUCGAGCGGAAAUAUCAUGGUGUUGAGAAACGAGAGAGGCAAGACACGGAAGCUGAAUUACAGAAGGAUACGCUCAUUGUGUAUGGGACUGAGGACGUCGGAGCCGCGCCGCCGAAGCUAUGA